AUGGCUGCCACUCCUUGGCUCACGCAUCUCCUCCUUGAGACGUGCUACGAUGCAUCGGAGCUUCUGCUGGUGGGUUGGAGCAUGGGGAAUCACUUCGCAUGCCACGCCUGCCGCCAGCUGGAGGCACUGGGAAUCCCUCCCCGUGGCAUCUGCACCUUGGACGACCGGUCCGCCAAGCCUUCGUUCGAAGAGUUGGACUGGGAGUGCAAGGCCCAAACACGGCCUCGUGUUCGCAUCUCCACAGCGGCGAUGGAGUUCAUUAGCCCCUGCAGGUUCGUGAGGAAAGAGUCCGGCCGCGAUCCUGUUCGCCUCUUCGGCACCGACGGUGAGAUGUCGAUGAAGCGCGCGCUGAGCUUCGAGAGGUCCACAAAAGUUUGGAUGUCUGAGUCCGACCACCACAGCGUAGCGGUGGUGAAUGCUUGGGACAUCUCGCAGCUCCUGGAAAAGCGCCGACACCCUGGCAGCGGCAGAAGCAGGCGGCGCAGGCGACUGCGGAGGCAGUGGCAUCUUUCGACGUUUUGCACGUCGAGCGUCGAGGCUUGUGAGGUCGUCCUAGCGUGA